AUGGUCAAGGAGGAAUGGAGAGGGAUAGGAGAGAUACCAUUCACCGAUAAACUAAGGGCGUUGACGGCUCCUUUGGGGAGAUGGCAUAGAGAAAAUUUUGGUAAUAUGGACAAGAAAAUUUUGAGGUUUGAGGAAGAGAUUCAGAAGAUUGAUGACAUGGUCGGCAAUGGGAGCUAUAAUGGGACAGUGGAAGUAAGACGGAAGGCGCUAGUUACUUGUUGUGAGAAAUGGUAUGUGAGGAAAGAACUACAUUGGAAGCAGAUGUCAAGGUCGAGGCAUGCGAGGGACAUGGAUAAAAAUAUGAGGUACUUCCACAACUUAGCUUCUGUCAGGCGGAGAAAUAACAGGAUUGAUACUUUACUUAUUAAUGGAAGAUUGAUAAGGAAUCAAGCUAGAAUUAAGCUUGCCAUCAGGGAGUUUUAUAAAGACUUAUAUAAGCAAGAGAGGUCUCCUGAGGUGGGAUUUAGAGAUGGUCUGGUAGAAAGGAUAAGCCAGGAGGAUUGUAUUGCUUUAGAGAUGCUACCGUCACCUGAGGAGGUUAAAGAGGUAGUGUGGGAUUGUGAAUCGUCUAAGGCUCCAGAAUGUGACGGUUACAACAUGAAUUUCAUAAAGAAGUGUUGGUCUGAUAUAGGUUCGGAUUUCACGGCAGCGGUUCUGGCCUUUUUCCAAUCUUCAAGGUUGCCGCCUGAUGCUAAUGUCAUGUGGGUGGCAUUGGCCCCCAAGUUUACUGGUGCUAAGGAAAUCAAAGAUCUGCGUCCAAUUAGUAUGGUGGGGUGUGUAUACAAGGUAAUUGGUGUGUAUACAAGGUAA